UGUACGGUCCGACAUCGAAAUGAAGUUGGCAGUGAUACUGCUGGUCGCCCAGCUGGUGCUCAAUACUGCGGCAGAGCAAGCCUAUGAGGUGAGCAAUGAGCAACUGGAGUCCUUUGAGGGCGAGUCGGAGACUCUCGUCUUCUUCGAUAAUCUGAAGACAAUUGGACGCGAGCGAGCGAUUAACGGUUCCUUCUCGUUCGCUGGAGACAUGGACAACGAUGACUUCAAGGUGUCGGUGGAAUUGUACUCCAGUCCCCAAGGCGAUGGCGAUUUCAAGCGGAUGGUCUUCGAUGUGCCACAGACGAGCAUUUGUGAGUGCUUCAAGAAGUUCUAUGUGCAGUUUGUUCAGCCCUCGGUCAACGAUGGCGAAACCACAAAUUUCCCACUGGUGGACGACAACACCUGCCCCAUUCCGCAGGGCGAGUUCUACAUCAAGAAUGUCCAGUUCAAGACUGAGGAUUGGCCCGAGCAGGUGCCUCGCGGCGUGGUCAAGGCCAUCAUAACGUUCUUCACCGGCGACAAGAAUGUGGGCGGCUUAAUAGUUCUCGUCAAGAUUGAGGAUCGUCAGAGUUAGAUAUCUAAAUAUUUCUCUUCAUUUAAUUAACAAUUUAGCAAUAAAUAAUAAAGGUCUUUGAA